UUUCCCCACAUUUCUUCCAUUUCAGCACAGCCCCUACCUCGACAUCCAUUCCUCACGAUUCUUCAAAUUUGCUUUUGAAUCUUUUUGUUGUGAGACUGAUUCGUUUUUUUCUUGAAGAGAAGGGGUAAUCGCAAUGGUGGACGUCGAGGAGGAAAACGGAGAAGAUAAGUUAAAUGGUGUUGCUAGUUCGAGUGGAUUUUUCGGCAAAUUGGAACACAAGUACAGAGAAAUCAAAGAGAAUGCAGAAAAGUAUCCUUAUGUGUGGGGAUCAUACAUUGUCGUCUAUGGCGGAAUUUUUCUUUGGGCUGGGUAUAGAUGGAGAAAGCUUCGGAAGACGGAGGACAGAGUACGCAUUUUACAAGAGAAGCUUCGAAAACAUUAUGAAGCACAAGAAUCAUCUAUCAAACAAUCAGCAAAUUCAGUUGAUAAAACUUCAACUCCUUCCAAGCAGUAGCCAGAUUUUGAAUACGUUCUUCUUCUUCUUCUUCUUCUUCUAAAGAUAAUGGUUAGAUUUUGUAUCUCAUUUGUUCUGCUGUUAGGUUCUGAUUUUGUUUUAAUUUAAUGGGGAUCCCAUUUCCGUUGUUGACAAGUACACUGCUCUGUUGUUGUUCAAAAUCAAUUCUGCAAUGCAAAUUUAGGAGAUAAAAGAAUAAUGUUUUACAAUGGCUGGAAUGCUACAAGGAAACCAUUCGCUCAAAUUUAAUACGAUUUGAGUGAUUAGAGCCUUUGUUUCUCUUCAAUUCUUCUGUUUGUCAUUUAAGUGUGUUUUGAUUGACUUUGGUAGAGUGAUUUAGUUGUUGUUUGGCUUUUCUUAGUGUUGUUAGAGAACAUAAUAUCAUUUCAGAAUUCAGAACCAAUGUUGCUCCCAUUGGUUAAUGAUGAAGUUAGUAGACGAAUACUUUUUGGAUUU